CGGCGAACUGGUGAGGAGGAUGAGGUCUGUCUGUUUCUUCGACGCUGCCGCCUCUACCGCAUGGUGGACAAGGUCUGGAAGGAGCGCGGUGUCGGUGAAAUGAAGGUCCUCGUGAUGCCCAAGUCCGCGGCCCCGGCACAGUACACCAACACUCGUACCGAACUGCCCGCUGAUGUGGACGUGGGUGCCAUCGACUACGCUCGUCUGCUGAUGCGUCGCGAUCAGGUUUUGAAGAUCUGCGCCAACCACACGAUCACUGCCGAAGUUCCCAAAUUUAACCCCUUGGCUUCGGCCGCUAAUGGCCUCUGCUGGGUGACGGAGGACUACAGUGAGGGUACCGGAGAAAUUAUGACUCUGGGUAUAAAGUUCAAGUUAUACUGA